CAGGGUGAUGAUGAAGAGACAGACGUCAGGAGUCAGAGAAGAUGAUGGACUGAAGACUGAAGAAAGAACACAAUAUCAUCAUGUCCAGCAGAGAGAGCAGAGUUGUUGUUCGUGGUUCCUCUCGCAGGAGAAGAAAAAGCAAAGAGAAUCCACCCUACAUGAGUGGUCUGAGGAUCGUUCUUCUGGGGAAGAGUGUGUCAGAAAACAUUGGAGUGGGAAACUUCCUGUUGGGACGAUCAGCGUUUGACAGUAAAGCUCCUCCAGAUGUUGUUGAGAGAGUCGGAGGAAGACUGAAGGACAGACACGUGAUGGUCAUCAACAGUCCUCAGCUGCUCCAGACAAACAUCUCAGAUCAUCAGAUCACACAGACAGUGAGAGAGUGUGUGUAUCUGUCUGAUCCAGGACCUCAUGUGAUCGUUCUGCUCCUCAAACAUGAUCAGUGUUCAGCAGAAGAUCAGGAGUGUGUGGAGAAGGUGCUGGACUCUUUGUCUGAGAGGGUUUAUCAACACACCAUGGUGCUCACCACACAAGAGCCCACUGAAACCAAUGACAUCCUACAGAAGAUCAUUCAGAAAUGCUUCAACAGACACUUCAGUCUUCAGAGAAGCAGCUCUCCUGAUGAUCUUCUGCAGAUGUUUGAGGACAUUGUGAAAAUGAAUGAUGGACAACACCUGGAUUGUGCAGAAGGUUCACAGUAUUUCACAAUGAAGCAACAAGCCACAGAAAGACGUGAGUGUAACGAUAUUUGAUGUUUCUAGUGAUAAAUUAACAGUUUUUAAAUGUUCUUCUUCUACUGUCAUUUUCAGAG